AUGUUCUCUUGGAGCCCUUUCAAAAAAUCUUCCAAGUCAUCGAAAGGGUCUCAAUCGGCACCCUCCUCUCCUGCCACCUCAUCAUCGAGUGGUAAUAGUGGGUUGGUGAAUUCACCAUCACUCCUCUUGGUACCUCCAUCAUCAUCAUCAACAGAGGCCGAUAUUAAUAUAUUAUUUCUAACUCAAACAAUUUGCCCAAUUUGUUCGUUUGUUGAAGAUGGAAAGGGAUUGGAAAAGGAACAUUGGAAAGAAGGUCACAUAGUAAAGAGGAAGGAUGAUAUUUGGCUAGUAAUUAAGUGUCAAGAACAUGGCAAUCAGGAAAUUAAAAUUAGUUCUAGUUUUGAUUUCUUCAUGAAGACGUUGGAUUACUCUCCCGAUAUUCUAGAAUCAAAACCUAAUUUCAAUCCAGAUAUUGAAGAGUUGGAAAAACAGAUUCAUAAUGAUGGAACAAUAAUAGAGAACACACCACUCAUGGUUGAUUUGGAUGUUUAUUCGGAGGAACAAUUUAUUCCUGACCAACAUAUUUUGCAUUCCAUCAAGGAAACUAUGAAAUUAAUACCAAAAGAUAAGAAUGUAAUAAUUAGAGUGAAUGGAAAAUUAGUGGAAGAUAUGGUCACUUUGAAUAGGAAGGUGAAUUUGAUUCUUGCCAAUGUACCAAAGGAUAAUCCAAUAGUUUUAGAGUUAUCAUUUGAUAGAGUUGUUCAACUUUCAAAGCUGGACGAUACCUGCUUGUUGAAUCCUCGUAUUCACCCAUCUGUACAAAUAUUCCUUCAAAAAGGAAUUGAAAAGCAAACUGCUUUAGAGUUGAACAAUGCGUUUUUGAUAUUGAAACAAAUUACCAAUUUGACAAUAAUUGUCAGAAUUGUUGUCAGUCGACCAUUCCCAAAGUUGGAUUCAAUUUUGAAUUUACUUCGUUUUCCAAUGAAGGGAUUUUGUAGAUUUAUUAUUAUCGAGGCUGAGAGAACACCAAACCAAAUCAUGAAACAAUUUAAAAAAUGUGCUGUACCUUUUAAUGAAGUUGACGAGUCUUUCAAUGUGGAUCCUUUGGAGUUGCUAAAAUUAAUUGAGGAAGAUACUAAGGGACAAAUUAAAUUGGAUGACUUUUUCCCUGCCAGUGUGGGAAUGAUUUUGGAACCAUUCCUAUCAGUUCUUGGAAAGGGAAAUUACAAUAUUCGACCAUCACCAUAUUGUGGAUUUGCUACUUGUCUCAUUAAUUCUGAAAAUCAGCAAACAUACCCAAGCGUUCCAAUUUCUAGACUUUUGGACAUUGAAAGAUUAUUCAAGGAAAUGGUGCCAAUAGUUAAGAAUAUCAAGGCAUCGAGUGGCUCCAGUUCAGACAUUGGAUUUUUGCAAUACAUGUCUCUAAAAAAGGCUGUGGAAAAAUCUAAAAGGGAGCACCCGGAGUAUCCACUCCCAAAAGACUUGUUCUCUUACAUGAUUUCAAAAGACCAUACCAUGAUCAAAAAGACCAGACAAAUCAUUGACGAUUUGCAGUUUCUUGUUGUACAUAAUGUCAUGGAUGUUGGCACUUUGGAUAUUAACAGAAGAGCUAGAUGUACACUUUGUAGAUACCAACCAGAUAAGGGUUUUAUUUCCUCCUGUACAAAUUGUAUUUAA